CCGGCGGGGUGGCCGAGGCUGCUGUGAGAGGGCGCUCGCGGCUGCAGGAAAGCAAGCCAGCGAAGGAGGCGGGGAGGCAGCGGCCGUGCUCGGCACCCGCUUGCUCGUUUUCCAGCACCGCUGCGGGUCCGCCGCCGCGCUUCCUACUCCCCCGCUGCCCCGUUGCGCGCCGCGGGAGCAGCCGCCCUUCGGCUCGGCUCGACAGUCGGGUGCGCCCGCAGACCCCGCGCUCCGGGCGAGCCGGCGCCACACCUGUGGAGCCAGCGGCCGUCCAGGGUGCCGGCCGAGGUCCCGGGACGCGCCCCUCGGCUGGGCGCCGCCGGCAGCAUGGGGCUCCCCGCGCUCGAGUUCAGCGACUGCUGCCUCGACAGCCCGCACUUCCGAGAGACGCUCAAGUCCCACGAAGCGGAGCUGGACAAGACCAAUAAAUUCAUCAAGGAGCUCAUCAAGGACGGGAAGUCACUCAUCGUCGCGCUCAAGAAUUUGUCUUCAGCAAAGCGGAAGUUUGCAGAUUCCUUAAAUGAAUUUAAAUUUCAGUGCAUAGGAGAUGCGGAGACAGAUGACGAGAUGUGUAUAGCAAGGUCUUUGCAGGAGUUUGCCACUGUCCUCAGGAAUCUUGAAGAUGAACGGAUACGGAUGAUUGAGAAUGCCAGUGAAGUUCUCAUCACUCCUUUGGAGAAGUUUCGCAAGGAGCAGAUUGGGGCUGCCAAGGAAGCCAAAAAGAAAUAUGACAAAGAGACUGAAAAGUAUUGUGGCAUCUUAGAAAAACACUUGAAUUUGUCUUCUAAAAAGAAGGAAUCUCAGCUUCAGGAGGCAGACAGCCAGGUAGACCUGGUCCGGCAGCACUUCUACGAAGUAUCCCUGGAGUAUGUCUUCAAGGUGCAAGAAGUGCAGGAGAGGAAGAUGUUUGAGUUCGUGGAGCCUCUACUGGCCUUCCUGCAAGGACUCUUCACCUUCUAUCACCAUGGUUACGAACUGGCUAAGGAUUUUGGGGACUUCAAGACACAGCUGACCAUUAGCAUACAGAAUACAAGAAACCGGUUUGAAGGCACCAGGUCAGAAGUGGAAUCCCUGAUGAAGAAGAUGAAGGAGAACCCUCUGGAGCACAAGACCAUCAGCCCGUACACCAUGGAGGGGUACCUCUACGUUCAGGAGAAACGUCACUUUGGAACUUCUUGGGUGAAGCACUACUGUACAUAUCAACGAGAUUCCAAACAGAUCAUCAUGGUACCAUUUGACCAAAAGUCAGGAGGAAAGGGGGGAGAAGAUGAAUCAGUCACCCUCAAAUCCUGCACACGGCGGAAAACAGAUUCUAUUGAGAAGAGGUUUUGCUUUGACGUAGAAGCAGUAGACAGGCCAGGGGUUAUCACUAUGCAGGCAUUGUCAGAAGAGGAUCGGAGGCUCUGGAUGGAAGCCAUGGAUGGCCGGGAACCUGUCUACAACUCGAACAAAGACAGUCAGAGUGAAGGGACUGCGCAGUUGGACAGCAUUGGCUUCAGCAUUAUCAGGAAGUGCAUCCAUGCUGUGGAAACCAGAGGGAUCAAUGAACAAGGACUCUACCGAAUCGUAGGGGUCAAUUCCAGAGUGCAGAAGUUGCUGAGUGUUCUAAUGGAUCCCAAAACAGCUUCUGAGACGGAAACAGAUAUCUGUGCUGAAUGGGAGAUAAAGACCAUCACGAGUGCUCUGAAGACCUACCUAAGAAUGCUUCCAGGACCACUUAUGAUGUACCAGUUUCAAAGAAGUUUCAUCAAAGCAGCAAAGCUGGAGAACCAGGAGACUCGGGUCUCUGAAAUCCACAGCCUUGUUCAUCGGCUCCCAGAGAAAAAUCGACAGAUGUUACAGCUGCUUAUGAACCACUUGGCCAAUGUUGCUAACAACCACAAGCAGAAUUUGAUGACCGUGGCAAACCUUGGCGUGGUGUUUGGACCCACCUUGCUGCGGCCUCAGGAAGAAACAGUAGCAGCCAUCAUGGAUAUCAAAUUUCAGAACAUUGUCAUUGAGAUCCUAAUAGAGAACCAUGAAAAGAUAUUUAACACUGUGCCUGAUGUGCCGCUCACCAAUGCCCAGCUGCACCUGUUGCGGAAGAAGAGCAGUGACUCCAAGCCCCCAUCCUGCAGCGAGAGGCCCCUGACGCUCUUCCACGCCAUGCAGUCCACAGAGAAACAGGAACAAAGGAAUAGCAUCAUCAACUCCAGUCUGGAAUCUGUCUCAUCAAAUGCAAACAGCAUCCUUAAUUCCAGCAGCAGCUUACAGCCCAAUAUGAACUCCAGUGAUCCAAACCUGGAUGUGGUCAAACCCACCCGGCCCAACUCACUCCCCCCGAAUCCAAGCCCAACUUCACCCCUCUCGCCAUCUUGGCCCAUGUUCUCGGCGCCAUCCAGCCCUAUGCCCACCUCAUCCACGUCCAGCGACUCAUCCCCCGUCAGGUCUGUGGCAGAGUUUGUUUGGUUUUCUGUUGCUGCUGUUGUUCUCUCAUUGGCUUGGUCCUCUCUUCAUGCAGUGUUCAGCCUCCUCGUCAACUUUGUUCCCUGCCAUCCAAACCUGCACUUGCUUUUUGACAGGCCAGAAGAAGCAGUUCAUGGAGAUUCCAGCACACCAUUCCGGAAGGCAAAGGCCUUGUACGCCUGCAAAGCUGAGCACGACUCGGAACUAUCCUUCACUGCAGGCACAGUCUUUGAUAAUGUUCAUCCAUCCCAGGAACCUGGCUGGUUGGAGGGGACUCUGAAUGGAAAGACUGGCCUCAUCCCCGAGAACUACGUGGAGUUUCUCUAACCAUGGGCCCCAGCAGAACUGCUGAGCUUUACAUGGUAUCCAUGAGAACUGCUGAUUCCAGUGUUGUAGCUAUUUCUUGUUGCCGCUGAGAAAUGCAAGGAGACUGACUCUUGCUACCUGUUAACAUGAAUGUUUCUGGAACUCACGUCACCUACCUUCAUGAUCAUCUCAGCUGACACGUGACAAUACUGCAAGCAGCAGAAGUCAUCAGGAAAGGAGGCCAUUCCAUUUUGAUAAUCUAGAGAAAGGCUUGCAAGGCAUUCUCAUGAGUAUCCUAAAUAGAGAAUGCUGAAUUUGUUUCAACAGUCAUCCAAACUCCCAACCUUCUGAAAAAUAAAGUAAGAUAUAAGUUGUCCCCAAGAGCACACAGUGUAGCUGAGUUUGACAGGGCAGGGCAGAGAAACUGGCAGGGAGAUCCAGGCUGGCUGCAUUGCUUUUGUUUGCACCUGACACUCUUUCUGUGCCCACUCCUGCUAUUGGAGACCCACACUGCAGCAGGCAGCUGGGUCUGUCUGUCUGCAGGCAGGAUGGAGAUGCUUAUGUGAGAUCAGAUUUUUCACCAUCUGUGAAGCAGCCAUUGGCCCAUCAUCAACAAAAUUCCAUCCAGCCUUUUCGUGCAAAGGACCAAACACCCCACAUCCUCCCCUUCUGAGCUAAGAACUUCUCUGCCACUGAGGGCUGCUGUUGCCUAGUAACUGUGGCAACUCAACUUACUCUAAAAGCAAACCAAAAAAAUACCACAUUCUCUUUGUGUGGCAUACUUCCCCUAUCCCUGCCCUUUUUGGUAGUUUUGUUAAUGGCCUUCCAACAACCUAAACCAGAGGAUCAAGGUAUUAGGAUGGGCUAUUUGGGGCAGACAGAACUGUUCACUUUCUGAAUUUCAGCAGCACCAGGAUAUAUUUAGAGCAAACUCUAAUAAUGCUUUGAGAUUAAAUUACAUACAGGCUUAAUAUUUCUGUUGUCCACACAACUAGUGUUUGCUUUAGGGGCCAAGAGGGCACCUUCCAAUGGGUACACCAUCUGACUGGUUCCCCCAUGACUUCCCCUUCACUCAUCCCUGCCCCUACCCUUCACUGACCAGCCCUUUGGCAGUGCUUUGGGCUGCUGAGCACUGGUGUCCUUGAUUUUCAGGGAUGAUUCUGGGGUUUCCCUAUGAUCUAUAGUUUAAAGGAUAUCUGCAUUCACUGCCACCCGGAAAAAGGCAAUUUCAGGCUUUUGAGACAUGAAAUUAAUAUCACAGGCUUUGUGACUCAGGAAGACACAAAAGAUUGGGGCAUGGAGACUGGGAUAAUACCUUCUAAGAAAGGGAAUUCUUGGUCACGGGGGACUGGGUCUUGUGAGAGUCUGCCUUUUGUGGAGAUUUCCACCUGGACAUUUCAAACUCACUUGGCCUCCAAAGAACAGAGUGACCAUAUCUCCCACACAUGAAUGUCCUUGCAAGAGGGACUCUGGACGGACAAACUAUAAACUGUCAAGUUCCCCAGGAGGCCCUCGGAUAGCUGUGUCACUCCAGGGAGCAUUUCCUGUUUCUGGAAUUCCGUUAGGGACCUUUAAUGAAGAAGAAAAGGAAAAACUUGAAUUGUGUUGAAUUACUGUAUCUUUUACUUUUCUUUUUAAGAUAAACUUGUAAAUAGAGUAAUUUGAAAUACUAUAUGGCAAAGUUUUAUAUUUGAAAUUCUUUAAGCUAGUUGCUCCACACAUUUAGGCUUUGAUUGCUGGACAAGCGUGUUAAGAGAGGGAGAAGGCCAGGUUGAAGAGCCAAAGUUGUGGUCCCCUCUCUGGGCUGGUGGAAGAAGAUAAUCCUGUGUGCUCCCUCUCUGUGGACUCCCACUGGUGUGUGUGGCUGAUCAAUGGUGUUCAGUCUUCUCUAUCUACAUGUGUGAAGAAUUCCUCGAGCUUUGAAUGUAGAGAUAGAAAGAACAUCUUCAGGCAAUAAGUGUUACAAAGGACACUUAUUAAGCAGGUAAGAUGAAGCUCAGGAUUUAAAUAAGUGGGGCCAAAGGUGACUUUUUUUUUUUUAGUUUUUCUUCUCAGGUGUAUUUCUUGGUUCCCCAAGAUAUCAGGACAAAAGGAAAUGGGACAAUUGCUGUACUCCUUAAUUUCCUCCACAUCUUCUAAGGCUUUAUAAGUGAGGCCAACCUAGUUUGCAAAUUCUGUGUGUGUCUAUAAGUUCUAAAAAAAAAAAGCCAUGGCUUUGGAUCUUUAGUUCUUGAUGUACUGUGCUGCUGUUUCCAUUCAGUAAGUGUGUUCCUGCUCUUUCAACUCCAGAUUCCCUAUGACUCCCCAAAACAGGAAAAGACCCAAGAUAGAUACAGAUUGUACCAUUACAACUUUGUUUUUUUGGUACCGGGGAUCGAACUCGGGACCUUGAGCUUUGUACCAUUACAUUUUUAAAGAUGGCUUUAAAGUUAACAGAUUUUGUCAUUGUGAUUCACUAUUCAAUUAUCACUUCAAAGAUUAUAAAGUACCUGUUAUCCAAGACCUCACCCAGGAGCAAGGAAGACACUACUAUUGAAUUAGGGAACAGGGACGGGAACAAGAAUUAAGUGUGGACAGGACUCAAGAAUACUAUCACUGAAAACCCAAGGGAAAAAAUAAAUGGACUAAUAGGUGCCAGACCUAUUCCCCUUGGACUUGGGAAUGAGAAGAAAGUGGGAAAUGGAGCUGAGGAGCAUGCAUGCUUACAUAUCAUUGUGUUUUUAGAAGAGCCCAGCAAAAUGCUUUUGAUACAUUUGACACUCUAAAUUGUCACCUGCUCCAUCAUAAUUGGAGCUCAUAAGGAGAGUCAGAAGGCCAAGGCUCUUACUUAGGGAAUUUCCUUACUGAAGCACACUUGUAGACACUUGGCCCCAGCUUGCCUAUUUGGAAGCAUGUGCCUCCUGAGUUGUCCCUGAUUGGGACAUCUUAUAGGAAGACCUCUUCCCUACUUCCCUAAGGCCACGCUGGGCCUAUGGCAGGUGGCUGCUCUGUUUUCCUUUGUCUCUCCAGGCUUCCUUCUUUUCUGUUAGCUUCAGAACUGGAGAAACUAUUCAGAAUGUGAGCCACCAAGUCAGAAGGAACUUGAAGAUUAAAAAGAAAUUUUACUCUCUCCAAUAUCUGCCCCCACUCCUAAUUCUGCUUAAAUAGGGAAUUUUAAGGCAGAUUAAGAGAAUAGACUGGUAUCAGAAUAGAAAACCACCAGGAUUCCAAAUCCGGUCCUUUGUGAAGCCUAGGAAUCAGUUAGUUGUAGCUUCAAUCUUCUUGGGGCAUUAAGUUCUGUGUCUCACUCCUCCUUGGAGUACUCACAGAAUUCCAUAUCUAAACAAUAUCAUGACACGAGAAGAUAGCUAGUUUCUAAAACAUACUCCCAGGCAAGUAAAAUCCUGAUUUACUAAGACGAGGAAAUUCCUAUUUUUCAAAAUAAAUAUAUAAGGAUGAAUCAUGUACAGUAUAGCUUUGAUUGGUAUUCUAGAAUUAGAACCAUUUUUUUUAGUGUAUUGAUAAAGUAUGUGUUUUUACAAGAGCUUUUUGGACAGAGAGACAAAAGAAGCAAUAAGAAUUGACACACUAGUAUUAAGAGGACAGAGCCAUUGCUAGUGGCAAGGUCAUUUCAGGCCCUUGCCCAAGACUCCAGAGACGUGUGUGCCAUACCUGAGCUUGAAGAGAUAUCCUAUCAGCUGAAUUUGUUAAUCACAAUCCCACUGAAAGCUCUCUAGACUUCAGCCUCCAAAAGCAUCUGUGAUUGAAGGGUCAGGGAGACAGGAAGAAUGCUAAAGACAACCUGACUGUCUGUUCAUGACUGUUUAUUGACACCUUUCAUCCUCUGGCUUCUGCUUCCAAAAUCAAACCUGGAUCACCUAGUUUUAUGGACAAGGAAUUCCCAGGUAUACCAGUGGCCACCAUGGUACCCAUCGUUUGCUCUAGCAUUGUUUUAUGAGCAACCAUAUUCCCCAAGCAGGUAGCCAGCACUGAAAAAAACUGAAGAGCCUCUUAGCUACCUGAUGGUCAAAGGAAUGUUCUAUGAGCAAUUAUGUUGACACAUCUGCCCCACAUCCCUUUAAAGUUAGCCCAGUACCUUCUCACACACCCUGUGCUGGUGUUUUAAAAAUGUAUCUUAUCAUGCUCAGAAUGUGUUUGGUAGCCACACUGAUUGGCUGGAUGCUGAACCACUUCUCUGUAAUUGUAACAUCAAAAUGACAACAGUACAGAGCUGUGAAUUUUGCACAAUCCUACAGCAUACCUGGGACAAGAAUCCAGCAAGUAAUAAUUAGCUUUCUUCCUUUUGCCGCCUACAGUACUUGUCUAACUUAAGAACUUCCCACAGCAGAGGCCACAUAGAGAAUCCAGAUGUCAUUCAGAGACAGCCCUUGCUGAAAUGUGGUCUUCUGAUGGAAGCACCUGUCUUUAUGGGUGGAAAAGGAUCAGAUGUAACGCCAAACCAGAGAAAAUGCUAAAGGUGAACCAUACUGAGGAACUUUGAAUGUUUUUCAGAGUAAUAAAGUAUUGUUCUUUGGAGGAAAAAAAAUUCAGAAAUAUUUCACAACUAAUAUUUUUACAAAAGUGUAGCAGAACAUUACAAAAUGAAAAUAUCUUUCAAGGUGAAAUGCUUUAGAAAGCAGAGGAUGAGCAUAGUCCUAGAUACAUAGAAGGGUAGCAGUUAGCUGAGUUAAUUGUGUCAAAAUUUGCGUUAGUGUAGUCAGUGAGAACCAGAAUAUUGAUAACCAAAAUGUCUGAGGUACCUGAGGCAACCCAGACUGGCUAUGACAGGCUGCCAUUCUGUGUCAAUCGUUUCUACAGUCAUCCAAAUGGACACCUAGAAGCAGCUAGCUUUCUUGGGUAUUUAAAUGCCAGGAUCAACCUGGGAUCUGAAAAAAUAUAUCUAGUUAUUCUAAAAUAUACGUGUAUGUGGGGUGUGUGUAUACGCGCGUGUGCACAUAUCUACAUAUGUAAAGAUAGACUCUCACAUAGAGACCCACAUGAGCUGGCAGUUGCUGAGCAUUUACAGCCUUGAAGAUGGAAAAUUUUUUUAAAAGAGGCUGUUGAUUGCCUACUGAAAGAUCAAAGAUGUAAAUUAAGUGCCAUUUUAAAACUGUGUUCAUAUUACCAAAUAGAUAUCUGCAGCUGUGUUCCUUAUUAACUUAUUAAAAGUCUUGUUGGAAAAAAAAGAUCAGUCCCAUAAAUGAUUAGUAGCUAAUGCUAGGCUAGUGUUCAAAAGCACUCUAAAAAUCAUUUUGUCCAUAUUUUGGGAAAGAAACUAUUUGCAUGUUUAAUUUAUAAUUUAGGCUACCUUUGAUUGUACUGUAAAGUGCUGUGUGAUAUAAUAUCAAUAAAGUACUUCUAAAAUGGCACUUUAAUGUUUUCUUUUUACAAACACCAUAAAUAACGCACUGUUUUAAAACUUUAGUAUUGAAUAUUGACUGGUGCAUAGAAUCAAAUUCCAUAAUUAAAAGUAAUCUGUGACUACAGUAGAUUUUUUCCCUGUUAUUAGAGAAACAGUUUGCCAUGUUCAGGCUUUUCUAAAAAAUGUGUUUUGUGUCACUAUGUGUAUCUAUAAAGAAAAUGCAGUUUCUGCUGAACGGCCUCUGAAUCUUAGCUUUCUUACAUUUGGUUGGUUUUUGUGACAAUUCCUAUGAAAUGAGUGGAAGUAUGAUUUUUGAAUUAAAUGACUUUUCCAUUUG